GGCGUGGUGGAGCAAAGCAAAGGACGUAGUGACAGAGCGAGUGAGAGCGAGCCAGUGAGGUGCCAGGCCGGAAGGCUCUGUGGCGCAGGUGGUUGAAACAAGUGCCAAACAUGGCCCGCGCUAUUGAAAAUGUUCAGGAGGUGAAGUAUGUGUACGACUUGCCCUACGGUGUGAGGAAGCAGCUAUGUUCCAUCCUAGACGUGAACGAUGCUUGGGAGGAGCUGGGGGGUACCCAUUUGCACCUCAGUUAUUUUGAGCUGCAGGAGAUCCGUCGAGCUGAGCGGAGUAAUGAUUCCCCUACCAACCGCCUGCUGCAGGUAUGGGGACAACAGAACCACACAGUCAAGGAGCUUCUACUCAAUUUGUGGAACAUGCGGCAUUUUCAGGCCAUGAGAGUACUCAAGUCUUGUGUUCCAGAGAAGUACCAUGUGCUGUUCAGGGAUGCUGAUGACCACCUCACAGGUUUGUUUAUGGACAACAAGGAGAAGAAAGAAAUGGUAACUGCAGAGCCAGAACAAGUAGCAUUGACUUUAGGGCAACACACAGCAUCCAACGGCCAUAACAUCUCAGUCAGGCCCAGUAUCACACCAGCACCCACAGCUGUGCCAAUACCCUACUCUCAUGAGGCUGAACUCAAGUCUUCAUCAUCCCUAAAUCAAAAUACAUCUGGUCAUCUGCAUUCUCACCAGAACUAUAAUAUGGAGGGAGCCUAUGCCUUGGAUCCAUCUCACUACCACAACCUUCAGACCAUUGAUGAGAAGCCUUCCAACCUCAACCACUGCUAUUCAUCUAAGGUCCCAGUGUCUCUCUUGAAUCCAACACACCACCGCAUUCCUUCAACUUAUACACAUAGCAACCAUCAGCCACCAGCUCAGAAUAUUACUCCCCUACUGCAUAGUCCAGGAGCUGCUGUAUCUAAGAAAACUGUUGCUUGUAUAUCAACUCCAGCCAACAAUGAGAGCAUUGCCCCUCACUCAGUAGCAUCCAAUCCGAAGGAAUCCUUCUCCCAUCUACCAUCUGCAGCUGACCCUAACAAACCUGUCUAUCAUCUUCCAACUGCGACUGAUUCUAAUAAAUCUGUCUAUCAUCUGCCAUCUGCAGCUGAGCCUAACAAGUCUGUCUAUCAUCUUCCAACUGCUGCUGACCGUAACAAACCUGUCUAUCGUCUUCCAACUGCUGCAGACCCUAACAAACCUGUCUAUCGUCUUCCAACUGCUGCAGACCCUAACAAACCUGUCUAUCGUCUUCCAACUGCUGCAGACCCUAACAAACCUGUCUAUCGUCUUCCAACUGCUGCAGACCCUAACAAACCUGUCUAUCGUCUUCCAACUGCGGCAGACCCUAACAAACCUGUCUAUCGUCUUCCAACUGCAGCAGACCCUAACAAACCUGUCUAUCGUCUUCCAACUGCGGCAGACCCUAACAAACCUGUCUAUCGUCUUCCAACUGCGGCAGACCCUAACAAACCUGUCUAUCGUCUUCCAACUGCGGCAGACCCUAACAAACCUGUCUAUCGUCUUCCAACUGCGGCAGACCCUAACAAACCUGCCCAUCAUCUUCUGACUGCGGCUGGCCCCAACAAAGAAAUCUAUCGUCUUCCAACUGCAGCCAACCCAAACAAACCUCUUCAUUUUCCAUCUGUUGCCAGCCAUGAAAAAGCCCCUACUUCUCUUCUAAAUGGUGGAGUUGAGAAAAAAAUCAACAACAAUGAAGCUCAUGGAGCUUCCCAAGAAGUGUCCUGUGAGGACAACAACCAUGAGGAACUGAAGAGCAAGUCCAUUAAGAUUCCUUAUGACCCUGACCAGGACUACUUAAACAAGCUAGAAGAAAAACGAGCCCGAGAAGCAGCACGUGAGGCCCAGUACAGAACAGAGGGUUCUUGUACCACUAGUCCUUCCACCAACUCCCCACUCAUUGCAACCCACAUGAGUGUAGGUCCUUCACCAGCCUCUCCGACCUCUCCAAGCCAACAGCAUCCUCAACUACAACAGCAGCAGCAGCAGCAGCAGCACCCCUCUUCUAGAAAAAUCUCUAAUGUGUCAGAUGCAGAGAGUCCAUAUAGUAGUGUGCCAGUGAUUCCCUACAAGGAACUGGAAGAGGCUACAGCUCUUUGGAGCCCACAUAACCUGCUAGGACGUGGGGGAUUUGGUGCUGUUUACAGAGGCACAUGGAAGAACACUGAAGUGGCCAUCAAGAGGAUUGAACCUCACAGACACAUACAUGUAAAUACACACACACACAUCACACACAGUUUGGAUAAGGUGAAGGUAGCAGACACCUACGGAAACAUUAACUUACUCCCAGUGUAUGGUUACUCCACUGACCAUGAAUCAUACCCCUGCCUUGUUUACCAGUUCAUGCCACAUGGCUCUCUGGAAGACAGGCUUCAGUGUCGGAGAAUAGAAGCUUUUGGUGAGAGCUCUACCCAGCGAGGCCCUGAUGUGCUAGGGUGGAGGCAGCGUUUCAGAGUGGCAUUGGGCACUGCUGGGGCCCUUCAGUUUCUUCAUACAGUUAAAGAGAAACCAUUGAUCCAUGGUGAUGUCAAGAGUGCAAACAUUUUGCUAGACCAGAAUUAUGAGCCCAAACUAGGAGACUUUGGGUUAGCAAGGGAAGGCAAGAGUCGGUCCACCAGCCUUCAGGUGUCACGAGUCCAUGGCACCAAACCUUACCUGCCGGUGGACUAUCUUCGUAGCAAGAAGCUCUCUGUGAAGGUGGAUACAUACAGUUUUGGUAUUGUGCUUUAUGAGCUGUGCACUGGACUGAGAGGAUAUGAUGACAAGAGAAAAGAAGGGCAAAAGUUCCUGUGGGAGCUGGUGGAGGAGAGUGACCAGGAAACAAUGCGGGACAAGAAGCCUGUUGGAACUCAGGAGCCAGAAGUGUUUCCCUUUCUUCUGCAGCUGGGCAAGAAAUGUGCACAGCAGCGGGCAUCCCAGCGUCCAGACAUGACUGAUGUAUUCAAGGAGCUUGAGAGCUUCAAGAUGGUGAUGGAGGAGCGAGCCAGAGCUAGAAGAAUUUCCAUGGGUGAGAGCAGCUCAGGAUGCUCAACACCCCAUCUCCUGCAAGUGCGAUAUGACACAGCUGGCUCACUCCAUUCUCCACCCACAAAUCCUUCCUUUCCCUAUUACUUCCAUCACCCAUCCUCACCUUCUGCUGUCUCCACUUUACCUCCUUCUCCAUCUCCUGGCAUUCCCCGUUCACCAGUUCCCCCCGGCUCACCUCAUUAUUUCCCACAUUCUCCCUUAGUGCAUCCCAACUAUCCUGGCAUGGUAAUGAAUGGACAAGUUGCUUACCACCCUCGGGCAUUCCCUCCCGGCAGCCAGCCUGUAUGGGUACAAGGCCCUGCAGACAUGAUAUGUGGUGUGACACCUGGUGUCCAAAAGUAUUAUAUUCCUCACAACCUAUCUCCUGGAACAGGAAUUCCCCUUGAGCAACAGGAUCCUCCUAGCUAUAGUGAAACCAUGUCCCAACCACCUCCUGCAGGAGCUGCUGCUUUGCCCAUUAUCCCUCAGCUGUCAAGCCUCAAUAUGAACUCCAACUCUGAGUCUGAAUACACUAGCAUGACCAAUUCCAAAUCCAGUGUUGAAGGACAUACAACACAGUCUGUCAUGCCAGCAGCUCUGCCCCAGCAUGAUCAGACGCCUGCACCAGCUGCAGAAGGUGGUGCAGAUGGACCUUACCUGCCCCUCCUCACUAUGCUCAAUAAUACAAGCAGUAAUUGUAGUUGAUAGGUUUCUCUAAAGAACCCUACUUCCCCCAAGAAGACACUUGACUUUGCCUUUCUUAGAAGUGUCAUAAAUCAACACCUAUUGUAGUGCAAUAAUGUAGAGUCUGAGCUAGGGUAAAGCAGGAGACAUGAGUCACUAGAUGGAAAAUGAGGGAGAUUAUAAGAAUUAACGAGGGGUAAAAGACAACUUAUAGAUAUCUAGACAUAUAGAUAAAUUUUAUUGAGUGUGGUAGAUAAGCAUCUGUAUUCAAUUACUUACUCUCUUUUAGCUAAACUUAAGUAAAGGAAAACAUAAUCAUGAUUUUAGCCUAACUUUAUGAUUAUGAAAAUGGAAACUUACUUGAUAGUGAAAAUAAUUAUGUGCCAAGGCUAGUCAGUAAGUGUUUGUGUAUUGUAGUGCAUAACAUCUCUCUAAAUUUAGAAGUCACAGAUCUGUCGUAAAUAAGAGCUGUGAUAGAUGUUCAGUCUACCCUGUCAUUAAUUUGGUUUAGGUGUAUUACUAAUCAUAAGUGGAUACAAAGAGAGAAAGAGGGGAGGGAAAGGGAUAGAAUAGUGAAAGGAUAGCUGUCAAACACUAAGAAAAAACUGCCAUGCUGAAACUAAUUUUGGAUUAUUUGAUGAGAUUGAUUUUGAGCUCUGAUGGAAACCUCAAGACAGAUUGUAUCAAGGAGAGUGUAGAUGAUCAUUAGUGGUCCAAGCAGUUUGUCAUUCUGUAUCCUUUUUGACACUGCCACUUUUCUCUUCAUUGAGAACAAAUUUAUAGAUCAAAUUCAUGAAACUGUGUGCAUACUUAUAUAUGCCUAUUAUUAAAAGGUAGAGAAGAGUAUGUAGGAUCCUUGAGUCUGUCACAUUAGAAGGGCAAAAAGAAAAAAAAUGGGUAUGUAAAGAAGAGGAUAGCAGCUCUCACUGAGGUAUGGAAUUAAAGUUGGAUAUUUUA